CGCAGUUUUCAUCGGAUUCGCCGUGGAGCUGUCCGGACUCGCUAUCGCUAUGGCUUUGGCUUUAGUUCACAUCUGUGUGCACUUAUAGUAUAUAAUGAUAUAACCUAAAACUUCUGUCGGCACUUUAUAUUUCGGUAUAUACGCGUGUAUGAUCGCUCGACUCCACAACACACUAAUAUAUCAAAUUUUGGUAUUUUUUUAUAUUCUGUGUUCCGAAACCAUUAGAAUAAUUCAACUAACAUGAGACUUUAAUCAAAUUUAACCUAAAAAUAUAACGUCAAAAAGUUAUAAAACUUUUGCGCUGCCGCCAAGAAUUCUUCUGCUCACCCACACUUCACCAGAAUGCAGCAUUGUUAUUUCUACCGUCGACCAAGAGCUCUGACGCUGGUAGUUUUUCUGCAAAUCUGCUUUUUUCUACCACAUGAAUCUUGGGCUGGAUAUUACGAAAAAAAGCUUCUGCAUAAACUACUUGAUACUUACAACGUGUUAGAACGCCCGGUUGCUAACGAGUCAGAUCCGCUCCAACUAAGUUUCGGCAUAACGCUGAUGCAAAUAAUAGAUGUGGACGAGAAAAAUCAGCUGUUGAUAACAAACAUCUGGCUAAAACUGGAAUGGAACGAUGUAAAUCUAAGGUGGAACUCCUCCGAAUUCGGAGGUGUCAAAGACCUGAGAAUUCCACCUCAUCGUCUCUGGAAGCCAGAUGUUCUCAUGUACAACAGUGCUGACGAGGGUUUCGAUGGAACUUACCCGACCAACGUCGUAGUCCGCAAUAACGGCAGUUGUUUCUACUUGCCUCCGGGAAUAUUUAAAAGCACAUGUAAAAUCGAUAUCACCUGGUUUCCAUUUGAUGACCAGAGAUGCGAAAUGAAAUUUGGAAGUUGGACUUACGAUGGAUUGCAAUUAGAUCUUCAAUUGCAAGACGAUAAUGGUGGAGAUAUUAGCAAUUUUAUUACCAAUGGAGAAUGGGAUUUGCUAGGCGUUCCAGGGAGAAGGAACGAGAUUUUUUACAACUGCUGCCCCGAGCCUUACAUCGAUAUUACAUUCGUCAUAAUAAUCCGAAGGAGAACCCUAUAUUACUUUUUUAAUCUUAUCGUGCCAUGCGUAUUAAUCGCUUCUAUGGCUGUCUUGGGGUUCACAUUGCCCCCCGAUUCGGGAGAAAAACUCUCCUUAGGGGUAACCAUUUUGCUAUCGCUGACCGUGUUUUUAAACAUGGUAGCGGAAACAAUGCCAGCUACAUCGGAGGCUGUACCACUUCUGGGAACGUAUUUUAACUGUAUCAUGUUCAUGGUUGCUUCGUCUGUGGUAUCAACAAUUCUAAUUUUGAAUUACCAUCAUCGCAAUGCUGAUACACACAUUAUGUCACCAUGGUUUAAGUUGGUGUUCCUAAUAUGGCUUCCCAAGUGCCUGUACAUGCAUAGGCCUGGAGAUAAGGAGAAUAAUUCUACGUAUUCACCUCCACCCAGGCCUUCAUCGACCCAGGCAGACAGGAAGACAAUACACUUUCCAGAUCUCGAGAUGAAGGAAAGAUCAUCGAAGAGUCUGCUAGCUAAUGUUCUGGACAUUGAUGAUGACUUUCGGCAUAAUUAUCGUAGCGGGGGCACCCCGACACCCCUGCCUGCUACGUUUUAUAGGACUGUUUUCAGAAGUAAUGAAGAUGGUAACAACGGAACCGGAGCCAGAAAUCAAGAACAAGGCAUUGUGUCAUCACAAAGUAACCUAUCAAGCCAAGAAUAUGAAUUGGCAAUGAUUUUGAAAGAGAUUCGCUUCAUAACCGAUCAGAUGAGGAAGGAUGAUGAGGCUCACACCAUAACGAGGGACUGGCAGUUCGCAGCGAUGGUAGUCGAUAGAUUGUGCCUUAUAAUAUUCACAUUAUUCACCAUAAUCGCAACAUUAGCCGUGUUAUUUUCUGCGCCCCAUAUCAUCGUCUCGUAGCUGUAGCUACCCGUCCUUCCAAUUCUAAGAACUCUUCCGUACAACAUGAAAUUGUUGUGGUGCGCGGAUGCUCCCCUCUGGCUUUUGCGCAGCAGCAAGUUGAACCGGUUCACCCGUAAGUAAAGUGUAGCUAGUACUUAAAAUGUUAUUAAUAAUCGGGCUUCUCAAAACUUAACUGUCUUGCUAUGCACAAAAAAAAAACAUAAAAUUUAACCAUACCAUCAGUAGAUUUUGACGAUCGGAACUACAUAAUAAGUGUCCUUAAAGCACCGAAAUGGAAUUUUUACUUUGUAAUAUCCUUGACUUCUUUUGUUUCGGCUAAUUGAACGAUUAAAAUAAAUAUAAAGUGUCUAUAGAAACAGGCGAGUGGUUACUUUUGAACAUAAAUGUCUAAAUCGACUACACUUAUUAUCUAAUAUUGUGUGCACUUUUAAGCUUCACUCAAUCAAUUUUUGCUUUAACUACCUCACUUCACUGUACUUUCGCAGAUGAAAUAAUUACCGUAUUUUGUUUCACUGUGACUAACCACAUUCUCAACGAAAAUUGGGGGUAAGUUCUCUCGAUGCAAUCGCACGUCGUCAUAAUGAAAAAAAAAAUAUUUUGGUUUAGAAGAGACUCAUUGUUUUAUUAAUGUUUACUAUUUCUUCUACUGUUAAAACAACAUAAGUUUUGGUAGAAAAUCAAGUUUAAGCUACUUAUUUUUUUAACUAACGUUUAACUAAUGAAGCACGCAUCAGUUAAUUAGGCAUUUUUUUAAUGUUUACAAAUGUUUUAUUGUUGCUGCAUAGAUUAGUAGACUAAUCUGUGGUUGCUGUGCCUUAAAAUCAUUGAUAUGGUUGUUAUAGUUAAAUUGAUGUUUUUAUGUGAUCUAAUUUUGUUGAUUUCAGAUUUCAAUCAAAAUACUAUUUUUCAUAUAAAAUAAUUACCGGAAAAUUCAGCAUGUAUCGAGGGAUAUUAAGCCAAAUUAUGUUAAAAAAUAGUCAUUUUGGCCGUGGUUUGGUCAGGCAACUUUUUUAUCUAAAGAUAACUAGUUAAAAAUUAUGGAAACAGGUGCCCUGGCAGCGUUUUUUUUGAACUGGCGAGUUUUUUUUUACUUUUUGACCCUGAUUAUUACAACAGUCUCUUAAUCUGAAACUGGUAAUUUUUUCGGGUUUUUAUACCGACGUGGAACAGAAUGACUUCCUAACAUUUCAGACGGGACCACCUCUGAAGAGGUCUGCCACUCGUGCUUGCAAAACGUCGGUCAGAAAUUCAAAUCCACGUCGGUUCAAAAACGUGAAAAAAUCACCAGUUUUCAAUUGAAAAAUUGAAUCUUGUUUUAAAUUCCCAUUGCCAAAAUUACCAAUUCGCAUAACGAAAUUUCAUUUGAAAUGGAAUUUCCUAAGAACCCCAGGUUUUUGAAGACUUAUGCUUGUAUGGUCUUUUUGUAUGAGUUGGAAAAGUUCUACAUGCUGUCCCUCUAUUAAUAAAAAUAAACCAGCAUUUUUCUAGCGAAAUUAAGUGAAAAUUAGUGAACUAUUACAGAAAUCAACUUUUUCUAGAAGAUGGGCCGGUUUCGGACCUAUUAGCUCUCAUCGGUUGGGCUUAAAAGCCAGUACUUUAAACUGCUAUGAAUGAAACACUCGCUUCUUUUUGCCGAUAAUAGUUUUACCGACCGGAUCGAGCAUUUGAUCCAGGGUCAAAUAAGAACUCAAGGAUUUUAGAAGUACUUACAUGAUUAGCGUAGCGACGUUUACAAGAAAAUUCUAUUUGAUAUUUCGCAUAGUUUCAAAAACAUCAGUACUAUUAGUAUGCUUCGACUAAUCAGCACCUUCUUCAUCCGAGUUGAUAUAUUUAUGAUUUGAACAUUGGUUAUCCGGUCACCGAUUUUUCCCUUUUUAAAUUCAGUUUUUCCAAAAACUUGGUUAAUUACAAGAAAAAAUUAAAAUGAACAAAAAAAUGUCUCGAGUACGUCUUAAUUUUUCAGAAGCCCCGAUGAUUCUUAGUGUUACAAUUGCUACUUCAUAAUGUUAGAAUCGAUAUUGAAAUGACGAAUAUAUUUGUAAUAGAGCUUAUUUAAUAUUAAACUAGGUAUGAAAUCCCAUUAAAAGCUAUAUGAGAAUGCAUUUUAGAAUAUGAUUACUGCAUGAAAAAUCGCGUAAGUGAAAAUGCGAAUUUCGUGUUCUGUCUUCCCAGGACUGUUUUCGAGAUCAAAUUAUUAAAUGAAGCAAUUUAGAUGACUGUCAAAUAGUGCCAAAAAUACAGACCGUAGAUAUUCGUACACGAAUUAAUUAUGAUCGUUCCUGUUGACACGUAUUUUGUGAACUAAAAUGUUAAAUUAUCUUUUGAUAUGUUCUAUUAGAAUAUAUUUAGCAGCCAAAAUGCAAAAGCCUCUUCUAUCAGGUUGCACACUUUACUACAUUUUCGAUGCUACUUUAGAUGCAGUUUUGAACUAUUUUUUUUAUAAUUUGCAUCCCCAUAUUCUAAAAUACUAGUUACUGUGACAAUACAAAUCUCAAAAAGCAUCUGCUAAUAAUGCCAAUUUAGAAUCAUUCGCGCUUAGAAAUUAUUUUCGUAGCUAGCUCUAGGCAAAAAUACGAUCUGCUUUUGCAUAAAGGUAUUCUAAGUUACUUACUAAUUAAGAAGUUAGUGGAUGGAAAUAUUUAAAAGCGCUAAUCAGCGCGUAGAGUUUUUAUGCUAUAUUUAUCGAUGUGGACAGCAGAAACUCUAUUGGAAGGGAUUAAUCGCUCUAAAUAACAAAUUAUUGUAGUUUAGCUCUGUUUUAGCCUCUAAUAAAUGACUAUUGCCAAUAGUUACACGUCAAAAGUGCGGGCUUUAACUACUAUAAAUGAUGAAAAACUGUUGAUCUGUAUAUCGGCACUAGGGUCGAUCAAUUCAACUUGUUAUAACCCCGGCAAAACGUACUGCGUAUAGUCAUAAAACCCAUAAUGGUUGAUGAUUUGAUAUUUCAAUUUUUAUUAAUCCAUGUUACUAGAAGUAUUACACAAUCAUUCUGUGAUAUAUGAAAUUAUUGGGUUCGUUUGCCAUCAUAUAAUCGUCUUAAUUGCAAAAGAACCUUGGCACGUUUAGUGUUCCAAUAUCACUGGUCAGAUGAUUUUCUUGUUGAAAGAUCAUUUCAAAUCGAUAAAUCAACAGCAGAAAAUUGAUGACCAAACAUGUAGUCAUAAGGCAAACCAAAAUGCAAGUGUAGUUGUGAUGUAUGAGAUAUUAUCUGUUUAUGUAUCUUCGAUAGGAUUUAUUAGCAGGGUACAUAGCAAUGUCAUAUCCAGUAAUUUUUUAAUAUUUUGGUAAGUAUCUAACUGAAGCUAUAGACGAAUUUCUGGUAUAGAAUCAGUUAUAGUACUAAACUUGUCGAGGCUUUUUUUUAUCAAAGACUGCGUCAACGUACACAAAUAUUCGCAUAUCUCUGAACUCCAGUGUCACAUUUUUGAUUGGUUUGCCAGAUAAAUAUCCUGAAAGUAAUAAAUCGGUCCAAUUACACACGUCAAAUGCAAGAAUCACGUUUCUCGUUUCAACCAUCCCGCAUGAAAAUGGCCUAUAAAAUUUCAAUACUUUCAAAGUUAUUUUUUUCAAACUGGGGUUUUUUUAAGUGAUGCUAAGGUCGUCUUUAUUGAGAUGAAAAGGAAUGCAGAAAAAUAUUUAAAAAAAAUGAAUUUUUUCCUGAAAGCUGAGAUAUUUGCAAAAGAAUACAUCAGUAAAAUCACAAACUUUUUAAACUUUCCUUGGAAAAACCUGUUUGUCUAAAAAAACGUCAAAAACGUAGCUGAUGAAACUAACAGGCAAAUGAAAAAAAAAAUUGCUGUUAGAACUUCGUCGUUUUUUUGUCACAGUUCUGAACAUAACAUGUAACUUUCUCUUCAUAGCAAACUUUCCGAAGUUUCUUCAAAAGUCGUCAUGAAAAAGAACUGUUUCCUGGUUUAGCGGCUCGAACGAGUGGUUUCCAUUCAUUCUAACCGAUGUUGUUUGAAUCUAGCGAGUUUUUCGGGCUAUUAGGCCGCCGUGGAAACUAACUUGUUCUUGAUGUUUCGCAAUUACGAGUGGCUUACAUUCAGAAGGAUUUUUGGUUGAAAUUUUACAUUGGACUCAGUUUAAACUUUCAAAUAAUAAGUAAAAUAAUAACUUUUAACGAAACACUUUCAAGCAAAAACAUUAUGCUUGCAAAACAUCUAGAAUAAAUUUUGCCUUGUAGCUCAACAGUUACAAAUCUGGCAAAGUCUAACGCUUUUAGCAGGUAAACAUCGAUAUCCAAGUUUUACGGCAAAGCGCUUACGCAAAUUGAAUACAUUACAUCCCUAGUGCAGUAAUCUAGGUGGAUUCAAGCUAGAAAAUGCCGCAUGAAAUUCCUAAUAAAACUAUCGCUUCUUAAAGUGUAAUAAAUUCUUUCCACGUCAAGCUUAUUAGUUUUUCAGCUCAAAAACGUGAUUUUUAUUAAAGUUCGUAAAUGGGCAUUGUCGAGUCGAUUCAAUAGUUUAAAUAGUUUAGAAAGCAUUUGAAACUCUAGCUCUGAACAAGCGAGCAUACAAGAUGGGCCGGAAUCACCAAGUAUGCGCAUUCGAGCUAACUUUGCAAAGAACAAAUCGUUAGAAUGUUGCAUUGUCCUCAAACUCGUUAAAUUCGGUAUGUCGUAUGGCAAGCUGUAUCUAUAAUUUGGCUGUAAAAUGCCACGUAAUAAAUAAAUACGAGGCCAUCUCAAGUGAAGGAAAUAUUUUUCUGAAAGCAACUUCGAUUCAUGCAAUGCUGUUGCUUUAUCCGUUCCAGGUUCCUAUUUAUUCUUCUCCUGAUUUUGUAAUGCUAUACACUGAAAAUGCUAGUCGAAACCUUAAUUACGCUGAGAAGUGGUUGGCAAACAGACCCGCAAAGCUUUUAAAGCUGACGGAGGGAACUAAACGGAAAAAUAGAUAUUUAUUUUCAAGCAGUAACAAUUUACAAACAGGAUUUUAGGCACUGUGCUAAUAAUGUUCUCCUAAUCAGUUCAUCGGAGCUGAAUUAGAACUCCAAUAACAAGAAUUACUAUCCAAAACAGAGGACUACAAUUUUCCAUUUGUUUUAUUGCAAACCGCCGGAAAUUCGAAUUUGAAUAGAUUGCAAAAAAUAUUCAGUGCAACUGAAAUAUCGAGUAGUGCAAGUUUUGGCAUAUCUGUUUACAGUAAACGUUUCAGUUAAUUUUUAGUACCCAGCGUAGGAAAAUGCCUUCAAGCAAAUCAAUUUUCACGGAAAAGAAGAAUAUCAGCACAAAGGAGAAAAUUUAAAUAUUCAAUUAACAAUUUCUCUGAGGAAUUUCAGGCAAACAAAAAGCAAUUAACUGAAUUCUGAACGUAGUCCAAUAAAAUAACGCCCAAAUAUAUGCGGAAUGGAGGAAAUAUAGCCAGGAAAGUUUAGAUGGAAAAUUAAAUAAGGUCGCUCAUUUCCAGUUUUAUUAUAAAUUUCUCGAUCACAGCAUUAAAUUAAAUAAUGCUACGGCGUGGUCUAUCAAACCUUAUAUUUAGAAAUGGAGAAAAGAACUGGUGAUACAGACGCCUCCAAAGAAAACAGGUCAGUGGUCAUUGUACUCAAUUGAGUAUAAAGAGGGAACGUUUCACACUUUUUUGUAUAUGGGUCUCGUUUGCCAAUCGAGCGAUAUCCGAAGACGGAUAUUGAAGCCGAGGCUUUUCAAUGGAAAUUUUGAUUAGAAAUGUGGUUUUUAUUUGUUUGGUAGAAAAAUGGCGGAUGAUUUUUAUAUAAGCGGGUGACCUUUCGUACUUUACUGUUCCACAAAAUAGACAGCUAACUUAAAACAGCACAAAGAAUUAUAUCAAUGUAUGAAUAAAACCUCUCAAAAUAUAAUAAUUUUCCGUAUCGUCUCUCCUUUGUCAUAGAUCUAUAAUGCGCGUUCUCGUAACUUGUAUAGGACAUAUAUUCGAAUAGAACAGGGAAUGCUUGUGAUAAAUCACUCUAGAAUUCUGCCGUAACAUCGCUAGCAUUCAUGAAGGCAUAUUUUAAUUGAGGUUAUUACGACGAAUUCCUACCAAUCGAUAUAUGAUUUGAAUAGUAGUUAUUUAUCUAGUAAACCAUUUAUCAAAAAUGUGACACACACACCGGCAAAUUUUAAUAAUUCAUUGAAUAAAUGCAAUUUGUGUAUAAGUGAAGGCUUAGACAAAGUUUUCAAACGUCUUGCCUAAUAGCUGUCUUUCCCACCGAAUAUGUGUUUUCGUCUUCACUUAAACCUAUUUUAAGUCUACAUUUAAAUUUAUUCGAAUACAAGGUGUUUUAUCAAUUAGUAACUAGUAGAAGCCGCUUAUUCACUUAAAAGUUGGUAGAUGUAAUUGUAAACACUUUGUAUAAAAUUAAUCAGUUGUAAAUAAGAAGCAAUAGAGGAUUUCCUUGUACGUGUUGAACCAUUGAAACUGAGUUUUUACAAAAUAUAACCUUUCAAAAAGAAUUGUUACUCUAUUAUAAUAUAUAUUUAAACUAGAUAUAGAAACUAGAGUUUUAUAGGAUUGUUGUUAAUUAUAACAAAAUUAUUUAUUUACAAUUUUUUUAGUAGUCGAUUACAGUUCCCGAACAUAGUGAUACGCUUCGUUAAAGUAACUCAACCUAUAAUAAGUCCCGAUGCUCGACUUACCAAAGAAUUUCAAGAUAAAAAACCCUGAACUGGUAUAAUUUUCAAUACUAAUUGAACCUUAAUACAUUAUAAUUAUAGAAAUAACUAGUGUAUUUUGUACGCAAUAUUUAGGCAAUUUCCUAGUAAUUAGUAACCAAGUGUCAUUUUAUUUAUUUGGCGAGCAAAAGUCUGCAAAUUUUUCGGCGUUAAAAAAGUAAUUUGACAGAUUCCUGCUCAAAAUUAUAUAUCUAAUUCUAUUUGGAAUAGUGUGCUCAUUUAUAUUCAUUAUGUUCAAUAUUUCCGUGAAUUAUGGAAAAACCCACCUAGUGCAAAUAAUUAUUAUAUAAAAGUAAACAGCAGCCAACUGGAAAAAGGAUAAAGGAGCUUUAAAUGGAAUAUCAGCUUUGCUAAAUGGGCCAUUUAGAUGAUAAGGCAGCAAAAUCACCAUUUUACAGGAACAUUUUGCCUUUGAACAUUGUAAUGAAUACGUUUUGAUGUUAAUAGCCCCGAUUACUCAAUUGCAAAGCGGCAUUUCCCAUAAAUUAACUUUUUUGAAUUAAUAUGAAAAAUCAUCAUGUAAAAAUGUAAUAACAAUAUUUUCUCAGCAGCCAAAUGACUAACGAGAAAAGUUCAAACUGAUUAUCCUCAAGCUCUUUAUCAAAAUUCCUUGAUCGGGCUGUAAAACGUUCUCCCGUUCAAGAUCUUCCUGAAUCACCUAGAACUGUCCUAUCCCAAGUCCAAUACGUUAUAAAAUAGACAGUGCCGUAAUGGUUUCGGAAAUGAAACCAAUAAUGGCCCAAUAAUGGGUCUUGCCUUAAUCGAAUGCAUUUCCGUUUAACAUUAGCAGUCAUUUUGGUGGCAGGUUGACCCUUAUUAAAACUGCCCAGCUCACGGUUUUCAGUGAUUUAUGCCGGAAGAAAUAAUUCGAUUUGACGCAGCGAAAAUGAUUGAGAAAAUUAAACCUCAGCAAAAUUGGAACGAGGGUAGACAGUCGCUCUAUUCUCAGAAGUUAUAUACCUACCAAAAUAUGGUCAAAUACUUAGCAUUCUUUAGAAGGAAUGUAUUAAAUAUGCGAAUUUUAAUGUAAUGCUUAAAGUUGCUAAACAAAUACAACGGCAAAAGCUGCUAUAUAUAUUGUUUGCUGCCCUCAAAUCCGUAUCAUAUAACCCACUUGACCAACCGCUGAUGGCAAGCAAAGUAAUUCCCUCCCCAUAUUCAACAAAAACGGUCGAUCACAGUAAAAAACGACCCGUUUCUGUAGGGUAUGACCUUCCCUUAUCCUGAAAAUGGCUGAACGGACAAAAAACUCAAAUCUGUGGUCAAACAACAAAAGAUGAAUAUAUUUAAAAUACACCGCUCGAUAAAAAUUCUGAGAUGAGAACAAAUUGCUCAAAUAUGGUAAUAUCUUCUAAUCCUAAUUAAGAAAUCAAGGAAAUGCUUAGUUUAGAGUUGUUAUUUGCACUAGGCUAAUUAUUAAUAAUUAAGGACUUGCUACAAAUUAAACAAAAACUAGAAUAGAAAUUAGUGGUAAGCAUUAACUCACACUGAGUCGUGUGGUCUAUCUCUCUUAACAACAUGUGAUGAACCUAACAAUGUAUUGUAAAAAGUUUUAAAAUGUAAAUCUUUCAAACAUUAUCUAUAGGUAAAGGACUAUCUUGUUCCAUUGUUAUGUAAAAUAAAACUUUUCCAUCAUUUGAAAAUGUUAAUCCCAUAAUAAUACAUGUAAAAACUGACAAUCUGUUUUGUCAUUAGUAGACAGUUAGCAUAUGUCUUUCUUUGGGAUGCCAUGAACACAAUUAUUAAUUUAAUUCAUUCAUUGCAUCCCAAUGCCACAUUUUAGUAGGGCCGUUUUGUAUCGUAUCCCAAGCUGUUGUAACAUUUUACUACAAUGGAUUGUAACUUUGUUAAAAGAAUUUCAAUUAAACUUUAAAAAUAAA